AUGGAGAUUCCUUUUGCAGUAACAUUUUUAGGAGUAUUUGGAUGGAAUGUUUAUUAUCUUGUUCAAAAAUAUAAAGCUAGAAGGAGAUAAAACUACUUGAUAAAAUUAAUAGAUGAUGAAUCAAAUUCUCUAAUAAAGACUUUGUCUCCUUAUAAGAAAAGGAAAUUAAAUGAUGUCAAAGAGGCUGUUAUUAAAAGUCCUUAAAAAGUUGAUGUAUAAGAAAAUCCAGAAGAGUGUGAAUCUAAUCAAAAUGAAAGAAUUCAGACGGCAUUAGAAUAAGUGGAAUAAGAAAGAUUUUAAAAGCAAGAUUACAUAGACGAUGCCUGCACAUUUCAUUAACUGGAUUAUGCUCAAAAUAAAGAGUGUUUUAAGAAAAACAAAUAAAAUCAGGAUUUUUCAUUUGCAAGUUAACAAUAUAACAAUUAUCAUGAUGAUUAGAAAAUUGAUUUACCAGAUACCAAUAGAAUUGAUGAAAUGAGUGGUUCUGAAUAAAUAGACAAAGAGAAAAAUAGUUUAACUUUUUCAAUUGAUACAGAUCAAUAGCAUUAGAAGUAAGAAGAUGAUUUUAAUUGCAAUCAAUUGAUUGAGAAAUAUCAAUGUAAUUUCUCAGAUGAUUAAAAUUUUGGAUAAUAAAUUUUCCAAUAAGAAAUUAAUAAUAUAGGUUAAGAAAGUUUUCACAAUUUUGAGAUAUAAUCAAAUUUGUUAUAAAAUGUUUACAAUCAUAAUUAAGAAGAAUAAGUAUCUGCUUUCUUUCCUUAUAAUAAUGACUUAAUUAUUUCUAAUUAAACACCUAACUUAGUUCAAAAUUUGUCUUAAUUCAAUUAUUAAGCUUAAUAGAUCGAUAUAUUAAAUCAACCUGGAUAAUAAUUAUAUUUAAACUAAAUUAAUUAUCAAAACUUUGAUAAUAUUUACCCAUCUAAUCAUUAACCUCUUUAUUCAGUCAAUAAUUUUUAAUAAGUAAAUUAAACAUAUAAUCAAGGAUAUCAAGGAAUCCCUUAUAACUAAUAUAAUUUGGAUAUAUUAAGUUAAUAAUAAGUUAACUACAGCCAAAAAAAUUAGAGCAUUACAAAUAAAAAUACAUCUAUUGAGACUUAUGAUUUCAAAGAACCAUCAUAAUAAAUCCCUAAACUAUAAAAAGAUGAGGAGUAAUUUAGCUUUUAAUAAAGAAAUACUAGAUUUACUUAAAUCAAUUUAGAAUAGAACUAAUUAUAAAAAGAAAGCUAGAGAACCUCCAUUAUUUAGGUCGCAGGAUAAAAAUAAACCAAAGGAUAACCAGAAUUACCUAGAAAUUAAACAGAUAAUUAAUCCUAAUCAUAACAGGAUGAAAAAAAAAAUCAAGUGAAUGACUUUUCGUUUUAUUUACAAUUAUUAGGUGGAGGAGGAGGAGGAUUCAAUAGUAAAAUAAGUGUACCAUCAGGAAAUUUGUUAUCUAUAUUGUUGAAUAAUUGA